GGAAACAGAAGAACAAAGAACCGUGAGGAAGAAGCCAGAGCUCCGUCUGUAUCCGAGCGAGCUGAGACUGUAUCUGAGCGAGCUGCGUCUGUAUCCGAGCGAGCUCCGUCUGUAUCCAAGCAAGCUGCGUCUGUAUCUGAGCGAGCUCCGUCUGUAUCCGAGCGAGAUCCGUCUGUAUCCAAGCAAGCUAAGUCUGUAUCCGAGCAAGCUGAGUCUGUAUCUGAGUGUGCUCCGUCUGUAUCCGAGCGAGCUCCGUCUGUAUCCGAGCGAGCUGAGACUGUAUCCGAGCGAGCAGCGUCUGUAUCCGAGCGAGCAGUGUCUGUAUCCGAGCGAGCUCCAUCUGUAUCCGAGCGAGCUGAGACUGUAUCCGAGCGAGCAGCGUCUGUAUCCGAGCAAGCAGCAUCUGUAUCCGAGCGAGCUCCAUCUGUAUCCGAGCGAGCUGAGACUGUAUCCGAGCGAGCAGCGUCUGUAUCCGAGCAAGCAGCAUCUGUAUCUGAGCGAGCUCCAUCUGUAUCCGAGCGAGCAGCAUCUGUAUCCGAGCGAGCAGCAUCUGUAUCCGAGCGAGCAGCAUCUGUAUCCGAGCGAGCUCCGUCUGUAUCCGAGCGAGCAGCAUCUGUAUUCGAGCGAGCUGAGACUGUAUCCGAGCAAGCUCCGUCUGUAUCCGAGCGAGCUCCGUCUGUAUCCGAGCGAGCUCCGUCUGUAUCUGAGACAGCUGGACGCCCUCCUUGUGACAGCGCCCCCCGUCCACCGAUGUCCACACCAGGGUCACCCACUCCCCGGCUCCUUCUUCUCCGCCUUGAAGAAGUUAUUAAGACGCAGGUUCACUUAACUUUUCUCCAGAGUCCUGACCUUAACUCUAUGGAGAUGCUGAGGCAUGACCUGAAGAAGACCAUGCCGGCCAGGCACCCUAAGAACAUUGAUGAACUUAAGGAGAGCUGUAGGGAGGAGUGCUCCUUAAUGUCGUGUAAAUAUUCGGUGGAGGUGACUUCAGCCAAAGGGAAAUCUACAGAUUAUGUAAUCUAA